AUGUCGUUCAAAAAGUGGCUUUCGAAGAACGACAAAGCUACCAAGUCGAAGGUUAAGUCGGCGGAUUCAGCCCUCCAGCAACCUGUCUCGAGCGGCUCGGUGCUAGAAUCGAGCUUCGAACCGAACAGCUCACAGAGUGGGGCGUCGACCGGAGAGAAGUUACUGAAUGCCGUUGGACUCGGUGAUACGAAUGCCAAGGUAAGUUCCACUCCAGAUGCUCAGGCACCUCUUCUGGCGCACAAUGGCCAUCAUGGACAGAUCCAAAAGGUGAGUGGGGCUCCCCUGGAGGGUGCUUCCGGCCUGGCUUUCGACCCCAGUGAUCCAGAAGACCUCGAGGCUGAGUACGAUUUAUUUCCGCUCGUACGCCCCCAGGUCACUGAGCUGAUGCCUUAUGGAGAUGGGUCUAACAAGGUGUUUGGCUAUGAAAAUUUUGGAAACACCUGUUACUGCAACUCAGUCCUUCAAGUGCUGUAUAACUUGUCAGAGUUGCGCACUAACGUCUUAGAAAAACCAGUCACGAACUCAGCCUACCCGCGAAAGCGAAAAUCCGAAAUGCCAGGAUUGAAACCACGCAUAUUCGACGAUACUAGUUUCUUACCGCACAAUUGUGCAAACGAUCAUUCUAAAAAGUCAACGUCAGGCAGCAGUAAUGGAAGUCAUUCAAGCCCGAAAGAGCCAGGUCCCAGGAAAAAUUCGGCGCCACAAUCCAGGGAUAGAGAGGUUUUGAGAUCUGCCAUGAGCUCUCGAAGCGUCAGGUCGCAAAGUUCAGCUACGGUUCAUGGUACCGUGAUGCCCUCUGAUGCAAUUACAGAGAAACUCCACGAAGGUUAUACAAGAAUAGUGGUGGGUAGAGUGACAAGUAAGCACAGCGGAAGGUGUACACAAGAGGGCUCGAGUAAUGCUCCGGCAACUGUUGCGGAAGAGUCAGCACAGUCGUCAUUUUCCGAUUUGUCUACUGCAUCCACAACUAGACCGGAAGAUGCCUCCAGUGAGGAAAGGAAGAAAGCAGCUUUGAUCAGAGGUCCCGUCAUAAAUGUGGAUCAUUCGUUGAGUACGUCGCAAGGUGAAAAAACAGGGCUCUUCACCGCGCUAAAAGAUGUUUACGAAAGCAUAGCAGAGAACAAACACCUAAGCGGCGUUGUAGCGCCCACACAGUUUGUGGAGACCCUGAAACGAGAGAAUGUCCUUUUCAGGUCCAUGAUGCAUCAGGAUGCUCAUGAAUUUCUAAACUUCUUGCUCAACGAAAUGAGCGACUACUUAGAGAGUGAUGCUCAAGCGACGGGUCAAAAACCCUCAAAUUUUGUUGAGCAGCUCUUCAAAGGUACAAUGACAAAUCGCACGAGAUGUUUGACUUGCGAUAAUGUCACACAUCGCGACGAGCCGUUCUUAGAUUUUGCAAUUGAGGUACAAGGCGAUGGAGAAACUGACAUUGAGACAACUUUGUCUGAUUACCAUCAGAGAGAGAUGCUCAACGGAGCUAAUAAAUUCUACUGUGAUGAGUGUUGCGGUCUUCAAGAAGCCGAAAGGAUUGUAGGGAUAAAGCAGCUACCCUUUUACUUUGGUCUGCACAUGAAACGGUUCAAGUACUCUGAAAAGCAGAAUUGUAACAUCAAAUUGUUCAACAAAAUUCACUACCCGUUAAAUUUAAAAGUUUGCUCUACCUUUGACUCAUCGGUUUGCAAAUGGUACGAGUUGAUUGGGCUUGUUGUUCAUAUGGGUGGAGGUCCCCAUCAUGGCCAUUACGUCUCGCUUUGCAAGACCGAAAAAUUUGGCUGGUUGUUAUAUGACGAUGAAACCGUAGAAACCGUGAAUGAAUCCACAGUUUUGAAAUUUGUGGGUAAUUCAGACGACCUCACAACAGCGUACCUCCUUUUUUAUAGAGAAGUACCCCUCGGCAAUGAAGAUACGAGUGGGAAUGAGGCGCGGCAUGACUAUAGCGAAAGUGUUGAUCAGUUGAUAAAACUUGAUGACAAGAUCAGAACGAAGUUGGAAAUCAAUAGAGUCGAUCAAGCUGGUGUACUAGAUGAGAUACCCGAUAAGCGCAGCAUAGAGCACAAUAUGUCGGGGAAGUUUUCUAACAAAAACUCUAAGAGGCGUUCCCGCUUAUUUAGCUUCAAAAAGUCGGCAAGGGAUUAA